CGGGUAAAUUUGAACUUCAACGUUAUCAAUAAACUAAUAAAAGACAAAGAAAGCAUAAGCAGGACAUAAUCAAAUUCACGUGAAGAUUAACGCGUGGAAGUAUCUCGUCCGGAGUGUGGGUGGGGUGGUUGAGGUUCGCACACGUCCCUAUCAGAAGGGUGGGCCUCCCACCGGACCAAUCAGAAACCUUCUGACCCAAGACACUUCCUGUUUUAAUUUGGAGACGAGCCCGCCUGUCUUUUUUAUGAGGCAGCGGUGGACCAAUAAGUAAAUGCAAGACUAACACGGACCAAUCAAAAAUCUUGUGACCCAUCGAGUCGAUGACGACAUUCUGCCAGCCCUCCAUUGGAGGGGCAGUCGCUUUGGUGUCAGCUGGUUUGGAGUCAACUUGUACACAAACUAGAUCAAAAGAAUUUCGGGGGCAACAAACCGGCAACAAAAAAUAAAAUAAAAAUAACUGGACCGGGGGGGGACACUCGUUGUACCUUGGCCAAGUCUCAUGACGGCAGUAGUGUAAUAACAAUCCCUCCCGGGCUAACUGGCUAGCUGGUUAGCCAUUUGUUCGCAGUCAUGGCUUCUAGGCAGCUGAGUUCCAGGCAGCGGGAGAGGAAACUACAACGGGACGACGACGACGACGAUGACGACUCGGAAGCCGAGGAAACGAGCCCGAGCCGCAGCCCCAGCCCGAACCUUAGCCGGGGUCCGCGUAGGUCGCAGAUCAUCCACAGCGGGCACUUCAUGGUAUCCUCGCCGCACAGCGAGCACCCGCCGAAGAAAGGCUACGACUUCGACACCGUCAACAAACAGACCUGUCAGACGUAUCACUUCGGCAAGGCUAGCACGUCUCACAUCUCGAUCGACGCCUCGCUCACCAAACUCUUCGAGUGCAUGACGCUGGCCUACAGCGGUAAACUGGUGUCUCCCAAAUGGAAAAACUUCAAAGGUCUGAAGCUGCUGUGGAGGGACAAGAUCCGUCUCAACAACGCCAUCUGGAGGGCCUGGUACAUGCAGUAUGUGGAGAGAAGACAAAAUCCCGUUUGUCAUUUUGUGACCCCUCUGGACGGAAACAUAGACCUGGAAGCGCAUCGCUCUUCAGAGAUGAUCACCACAGAGGGCAAAUGCUGGAAGAGAAGAAUAGAAAUAGUCAUCAGAGAGUAUCACAAGUGGAGGACCUACUUCAAGAAAAGAUUGCAGAAGCACAAGGAUGAUGAUCUGUCAAGUUUGCUCAAGGGACCCAAGGAGCAGUUAGCGCUGUUUGGGGAAGUCUCUCCAGACAUGCUCCGUGCUUGCUUUUGUCAGGAUGAAGAGAGUGAGGCCCCGGUGCCCAUGGAGCUGGAGAGCCUCUUCGACAUGGAGGUGCUGAUGUCCGAGGUGUCUGACACGCUCUUCUCCACCUUGGUCUCGCACCAGACCACCUCCUGGCCCAACCCCAAAGAGAACGCUCAUGCGGUGAAUGCAGACAUGAUCCAACCGGGUCUCAUGCAGUUGCAGCCCAAUCUGGACUUCUCUUUCGAUCCACUACAAGACUUAUUUCACAGUUUCCGUCCGCCCGUCUUCCUCCCCGUUUCCCCCACCGCACCAUCAGUCACCCCCCUGCCCAGCAGCAGCUCUCCGUCGCAGGGCCAGUUAUUGUCAUCCAUGCAGCUCACGGAUAGCCAAAUCCCAUCUCCCAUGGCCAGUGCCACCAGUGGGACCAGUGCCGGUACCAUUGAGGACAACUACUUGCCUCUUUAUCCGGGGCAGGUGGGGCUCAGCGACCACCCCGAUGCCUCCCCCCACAAUUCCCUGGUGUCCCAAUGCCUGCCGGGAGCCGUGGCACCCAUGGUCCCCUCUACCUUGGACCCCACAGCGGCCUUGGGCGAAACCCCGCCGGCUGUCAAUUCCGCGUGCACGCAUCCCUCGCCACCCGCCCCCCGGCUGUCGUCCCUGGUUCCGCUGUUAGCCGCCCCGAAGCCGCCGCCGCCUCACACCUUCGCCCGCCCUCGACACCUCCAGCCGACCAAUGCCAACAAAAAACGAGACUUGAAGAAGAUUUCCCCUGCUAACCCGAUUGCACCACAGCAGCUCUUCAUCACAGGCGUCAUCCCAGCAAUGAAAAGUGACGUGACUUCAUCUCCCGGUGUGCUGAUCACACAUUGUGGCGUGGCUGGUGGAUUCUCUGUCGUACCUCAAAGCCAAAAGUCUCCUCAGUGUAUUGUCCCCUCUGAGAACUCGUUUUCCUCCAGCCAUCGAAACCAGGAGAGCUCCUGUGGUGUCGUUCAAGGCCAGGCAAAAUCCGGCCAAGGCUCCCCUUGCGCUUUAGAUCAAGUUCCAAGUCCACAGUCCCUGAUCAGCAGCAGCACAACACCUCAGAUUCCAAGGAGAGCACGCAUCGCCGAGCAGAAGCGACGAUCAAAUAUAAACCACUGCUUCAAAGCGCUCGGCGACCUGGUUCCCACUCUCAACAACUCCCCAGCCAAUAUCAGUAUUGCAGUCACAAUGCAAAAGACGGUGGAACACGUCGAGAAGCUCAAGCAGGAGAGGGAGCAAAUGCAAGAAGACAUCAGGAAUCUGCAGGAGGAGAUCACAAGCCUCAAAGCCUCCAUUAACCUGUGUCACGAUCAGAUGCCAGCCACGGGAGCGCAGGUCACGCAGCGACGCUUUGACCACAUGCAGCACAGGUUCACGGAGUACGUCAAGCUGCGUUCCCGGCAAGACUGGAAGUUCUGGAUUGUAUCCUCUUUCUCGUCGUUUGUAUUUACAGUAUGAGAGCGUACAAGUCACAUUCUCUCGGUCCGUAAUUAAGACGCUUCUUUGUGUGUGUGUGGGGAAAUUUACUGUGGUCGGAAGGAAUCCUCGGUGGAACAGUUGCACAUCAUCAUCACCUGGCUUCGGUUUUGGGCUCCACAAAAAUGUUGCGGAAGAUGGAGCCGCUUUCAAAGACCUGCUUUGCUCUCCCUUGAAUCAAGUGUCACGUUGAACCCUUGUAAAAUGUGCGCCACGUGUUCUAGAAUGUUCUUUCGGCUUCAAGAUGACGUGUAAAAAUCAGCGCUACAGAGAAGCCAUGUCAUUUUUUUUCUACUUUU